CCCCCGCGGCUCCCGGUCCGGCGCGGCCCCGUCCCGUCCUCCGCCCCGCGGACCAUGUCCGGCCGCUUCCCUCCGCGGCGGCCUCCGGCCUCGUCCUUCUCGUCGUCCUGGUCCUCGUCGUCCCCGUUCGCCCGCCGGUGCCCCGGAGCGCGCGGGCUGCCCCGGCGAGGGCUGUGCGGGCCGGCCCGCCUCCCCGCCGCCCUGCUGCGCACCGCCGCCUUCGUGGGCGGCUCGUGGCUGCCCGGGCCCGCCGCCGGGGCCCCGGCCUUCGCCGUGCGGGACCCGGCCACCGGCGCCCCGCUGGCCCGGGUGGCCGACUGCGGCGCCGCCGAGGCCCGGGCCGCCGUCGCGGCCGCCUGGGAGGCCCGCCGGGCCUGGGCCGCGCGCCCCGCGCAGGAAAGGAGCAGAUUCCUUCGCAAGUGGUUCGAUUUAAUGAUCCAGAAUAAAGACGACCUGGCCCGGAUCAUCACGGCGGAGAACGGAAAACCCCUCAAAGAGGCCCAGGGGGAGGUCCUGUAUUCGGCCCGGUUCCUGGAGUGGUUUUCGGAAGAGGCCCGGCGCAUUUACGGGGACGUGAUCCCCGCCCCGGCCGGGAACAGGCGGAAUCUGGUGCUGAAGCAGCCCGUCGGAGUGGCGGCCGUCAUCACCCCGUGGAACUUCCCGAGCGCCAUGAUCACGCGGAAGGUGGGCGCGGCGCUGGCCGCCGGCUGCACGGUGGUGGUCAAACCGGCGGAGGACACCCCCCUGUCGGCCCUGGCCCUCGCCGAGCUGGCCUGCCGGGCGGGGAUCCCGGCGGGAGUCUACAACGUCAUCCCCUGCUCUCGGCCCAGGACCCGGGAGGUCGGGGAGGCGCUCUGUACCCACCCGCUGGUGGCCAAGAUCUCCUUCACCGGCUCCACGGCCACGGGAAAGAUCCUGCUGCGCUACGCGGCCGACUCGGUGAAGAAGGUGUCCAUGGAGCUGGGGGGCCUCGCCCCCUUCAUCGUCUUCGACAGCGCCGACGUGGACCGGGCCGUGGCCGGGGCCCUGGCCUCCAAGUAUCGAAACUCCGGCCAGACUUGCGUCUGCCCCAACCGCUUCCUGGUCCAGAAGGGGAUCCACGACGCCUUCGUGGAAAAGUUCGCCGAAGCCAUCGAGACCGAGCUGCGCCCGGGCGGCGGAUUCGACGAGGGGACCACCCAGGGCCCGCUCAUUAACGACAAGGCCGUGGAGAAGGUGGAGAGGCACGUGAGCGACGCGCUGUCCAGAGGGGCCGCGGUCGUGACCGGGGGGAAGCGGCACCGGGCCGGGCCGAACUUCUACGAGCCGACCCUCCUCACGGGCGUCUCCGCCGACAUGCUCUGCUCCCGGGAAGAGACCUUCGGCCCCCUGGCUCCGGUCAUCAAGUUCGACACAGAGGAGGAAGCCCUGGCCGUCGCCAACGCGGCCGACGUGGGCCUGGCAGGUUACUUCUACUCCCGGGACCCGGCCCAGAUCUGGCGCGUGGCCGAGCAGCUGGAGGUGGGCAUGGUGGGCGUGAACGAGGGGCUCCUGUCGGCGGUGGAGUGCCCCUUCGGGGGCGUCAAGCAGUCGGGCCUGGGCCGAGAGGGCUCCAGAUACGGGGUGGACGAGUACCUGGAGAUCAAGUACGUCUGCCACGGGGGCCUGUAGGGGCCCGGCCCGGCCGCCGUCUCCCGCCGUCCCCCGCCGUCUCCGUCCGUCCCCCCCGGUCCGCGUCCCCCGGGGCCGGUGGCCCGACGCCCGGGUGGAGGCGGGCCCCGGGCUCCCCCGGGUCCGCGCGUGGCGUGCGAGAAGCCGUGGGGCCCCGGGGGACGCCGUCGUCUCCCCCCGUCCCCCGUCCCCCCCCUCCGCUCCCCCGGAAGCCGGGAUCGGGUCGGAGCGCCCGAGGCCGCCGGGGCGGGGGGGGCCCUGAGAUGGCCCGGCCUCCCUCCCGCGGCCUCCCCCGCCCCCCCCCCCCGGGUCCAGACCGGCCCGGGGUCACGGGGCCACCGCCCUCGAGGGCGGAGGGGCGCCCACGGCGGGGGCCGGCCUUCCCGAGCGGGACCCGCCGCCGGGUUUCUCCCCCCGGGAACCGUUCGGCCCCCCCCCCCCCUUCCGGGUCCGUCCCUCCGCCGGAGCAGAGGAGGCCGGGAGCGGUCGGGCCGCGCUCUCCCCGCCGGGAGGGUCCGGGAAAACUCCCAAGUCAAGAAGCACAGAAACGCCCCUCCCCACCCGCCCGCCCCGACCCUUCGCGGCUUUCUCCGCUCCUCCGCGAGAUGUCCCCGCCCCCGGGUUUGCAUUCCUGGGUUUUGAAUCGCUCGCCGCCAGCCGAACUACGGGCCCGGGCAGGCGGGAUCGUCUCCCCGGGGGCGACCCCCGCGCCCAACGGCCCGCGGGGACCCCGGAUACCCGGGAACCCCUCCCGGCCCCGACGAGGCCACCGACCCCCCCCCCCCGGCCCCACGGCGUCCGCGGCUCAUCGGCCUCUCGUUCCCCGUCACGUUUCCGGCUCCGCUCCGACCGCAGGCUUGUCGUUUCCCCGUCCCCUCUAGACUGUGACCCCGGUGUGGGCAGGGCAUCCGUCCGUUGUUGUCUCGUCCUCUCCCAAGCGCUCAGUACGGUGCCCCGCGCUUCAAUAAAUACAACCGAACGAGGACGCGUCCCUCGAGAGAGGCG